AUGGUCAACACCGAGCCUCACCUCUGCUUCCGAUCAUUUGUCGAGGCCCUAAAGGCCGACAAUGAUCUGGUUGAGAUCGAUACCCCAGUCGACCCCAACCUCGAGGCGGCUGCCAUUACACGUCUUGUCUGCGAAACAGAUGACAAGGCUCCGCUCUUCAACAACGUGAUCGGUGCCCAGAAUGGUCUCUUCCGCAUUCUGGGUGCUCCUGCAUCUCUCAGAAACUCCCCCAAAGACCGCUAUGGUCGUCUUGCCCGCCACCUCGCUUUGCCUCCGACGGCCUCCAUGAAGGAGAUUCUGGACAAGAUGCUCUCGGCCAGCACUAUGCCCCCCAUCGCACCCAACAUUGUGUCAACGGGUCCUUGCAAGGAGAAUGUCCUCGAAGAAAGCCAGAUCGAUCUGACCAAGCUUCCUGCUCCUCAAAUCCACCAGGCCGACGGUGGAAAGUACAUCCAAACCUACGGAAUGCACAUUGUUCAGUCUCCCGAUGGAUCCUGGACCAAUUGGUCUAUUGCCCGUGCCAUGGUUUCCGAUGAGAAGCACCUCACGGGUCUGGUUAUCGAGCCCCAGCACAUCUGGCAGAUUCAUCAGAUGUGGAAAAAGGAAGGCAAGGAUGUGCCUUGGGCCCUGGCGUUUGGUGUUCCUCCCGCCGCUAUCAUGGCCUCUAGCAUGCCCCUUCCUGACGGUGUCACUGAGGCCGGAUAUAUCGGUGCCAUGACUGGCUCCGCCCUGGACUUGGUCAAGUGUGACACCAACAACCUCUACGUGCCUGCGACUUCCGAAAUUGUCUUUGAAGGUACCCUCUCUAUCACUGAGACUGGUCCCGAAGGUCCCUUUGAUACCCACUCUUGGCCCAAGUACAAGGUCAAUCGCAUCACCUACCGCAACAACCCAAUUCUCCCCAUGUCCUCCUGUGGUCGCUUGACCGACGAGACUCACACAUUGAUUGGUGCCCUUGCAGCUGCUGAGAUUGGCAAAGUCUGCCGGAAUGCCGGCCUUCCCAUCACCGAUGCCUUUUCCCCAUUCGAGUCACAAGUUACCUGGGUCGCUCUAAAGAUCGAUACUGCGAAGCUGCGCGAGAUGAAGACCAACUCCAAGGAAUUUUCGAAGAAGGUCGGAGACCUUGUCUUCAACUGCAAGCCCGGCUAUACUAUCCACCGUCUGGUGCUGUGCGGUGAUGACAUCGACGUUUAUAACGGCAAGGAUGUGAUGUGGGCUUUCUCGACUCGCUGCCGUCCUAAUAUGGAUGAGACAUUUUUCGAGGAUGUACGUGGCUUCCCGCUUGUUCCGUACAUGGCGCAUGGAAAUGGAUCACCGGUGAAGGGUGGAAAGGUUGUCUCGGAUGCUCUUAUGCCCACUGAGUAUACUACCGGUCGGGAUUGGGUGGCGGCUGAUUUCAAGAACUCAUACCCUGAGGAUCUUAAGAAGAAGGUUUUGGACAACUGGACAAAGAUGGGAUUUCGAGGGGAGUGA